AUGUUGCGGACUUCACUUCGAUCCGUGAGGGGGCUUGGCGGCAAGCCUCUUGCUGCUGCCGCCGGCCGCCAAUGGCACGGAGCAGUCGCCCGCCCAGCUGGCGUCAUUGGCAAGAGAUUCUUUGCAGAUGAGAAGAAGCCUGUGACAGACGCCCCGAAGCCGGCUACCAUCCCAGCAUCGGAAACCACGACCGCAGUCUCAAGCCAGCCCCCUCCACCCACGAACGAGGCUGCUGUUAAAGAGAAAACCAUCCCAGCAGACAACGUGCCGCUCACACCUCCGGCUCCUGAGACGAAUGUAGCACCUGCCAAGGUUGCCACUGAGACUACGACUCCUCCCCCUCCGCCGUCACCACCCGCCCCAAAGAAGGGUUUCUUCAGAAGGCUACGGAACUAUGUCUUCACUCUAGUGCUCCUCGGUGCUGUCGCCUUUGGCGGUGGUGUCUGGUACUCCCGGAUCAAUGAUAAUUUCCAUGACUUCUUUACCGAGUAUAUUCCGUUCGGCGAACAGGCUGUUCUGUAUCUCGAAGAGAUGGAUUUCCGAAGGCGUUUCCCCAACAUCGCUAACCGCGCUUCUGGCCGUCCCAGGGACACUGGAGCUGCCGUGAAGAUCCCAGCACAGAGCGGAAUGUCAUGGAGGGUUGCCGACAGCGGAGAGCCGGCUGGCAGACAAUCCAGCGCCGUCGACAAGACUGUUGCUGCCAAGUCUGCGGCGGCUUCUAAGCCCAAGGAGGCCGAGAAGUCUGCCCCGAAGGCACAGCCCAAGGCGGAGGCACCGAAACCUGCUACCCCUGAGCCGCCAAAGGCCCCAGUGGCUGCUCCUGUUCCGGUUCCCAAGGAGUCUGCACCGCCCCCGGCUGCGCUUGCUACGAAGAAGCAGGAGGAUCCCGCCUUCAAGCCUCCUGAGGUCGAUGAGCCGUCGCGAUUCCCUCCCGCCUCGCCAAUUGACCCACUCGCCGUCAACGAUGCCUCCGAGCCUGUCGUGCAGGAACUUGUGCGCAUGCUAAACGACAUCAUUGCUGUUGUCAAUGCUGACAAGGCUAAUGAGAAGUACGGCGCAACAAUUGGCAAGGCGAAGGACCAGCUGAACAAGGUCGGCAAGCAGAUCAGGGACAUGAAGGCUGGCGUUGAGAAGGAUGCCGCCAAGACGAUCAAGGCUCGGGUGGACGACUUCGACAAGGCCGCCAAUGAGCUUGUCUCGCGCGUCGAGUCUGCCAUGGCUAGCCAGGAGACUCAAUGGCGCAAGGAGUUUGAGGCUGAGAUGGGCAGAAUUAAGGAGAGUUACGACGAGCGGAUAAAGACCAUGACGGAGCGCGAGCAAAAGAUCAACGAGGAGCGUCUGAACAACAAGCUGCUGGAGCAGGCUGUUGAGCUGAAGCGACAAUUCGCCCAAGAGGUCAAGGACCGUGUUGAGAAGGAGCGCGAUGGCAGACUUGGCAAACUAAACGACCUGUCCUCGGCUGUCUCCGACCUCGAGAAGCUCACUACGGGAUGGAACGAUGUCGUGGACACGAACCUCCGCACACAGCAGCUCCAUGUUGCCGUCGAUGCUGUCCGUGCUUCCCUCGAGGAUGCCACACAUGCACGGCCCUUUAUCAAGGAGCUUGUAGCUUUGAAAGAGAUUGCCAACGACGAUGCCGUCGUCAACGCUGCCAUCGCUUCUAUCAACCCCUCUGCUUACCAAAAAGGCGUCCCAACUGCAUCAGAGCUGAUCGACCGGUUCCGGCGCGUUGCUACUGAGGUGCGCAAGGCAUCUCUACUGCCUGAUGAUGCUGGCGUGGCAAGCCAUGCUUCUAGCUUGAUCCUGAGCAAGGUCCUCUUCAAGAAGCAGGGACUGGCGGCUGGUGAUGACGUUGAGAGCAUUCUGACCCGCACGCAAACGUUCCUAGAAGAAGGCAAUCUGGAUGCUGCGGCUCGUGAGAUGAACGGCUUGACGGGAUGGGCUAAAACUUUGAGCAGGGAUUGGCUCGGCGAGGUCAGGAAGGUCCUGGAAGUUCAACAAGCUUUGGAGGACGCCAUCGAUGCGCUCAAUUCACUCCAGACGCCUUUUGCCGUCAUUGAGGCCAGGCGGAAGGCUGGUAUACGUCCAGAUGCCACCUCUAUCAAAGAGAUGCGAGCCUACCUUGCGCGUCUUGGCUAUUCAUCACAAGACUUGGACCGACUGAACAUCGUUCACGUAGCCGGAACUAAAGGCAAGGGCAGCACAUGCGCCUUCGUGGACUCUAUGCUCGCUCACUACCGCAAGGCGCACGGUGUGCCAGGCAAGGUCGGCCUGCUCAUCUCGCCGCACCUGAUCGCGGUGCGCGAGCGCAUCCGCAUCAACUCGGCGCCCAUCUCCGAGGCGCUGUUCGCAAAGUACUUCUUCGACGUGUGGGACCGGCUCGAGGCGUCGCGCGCCGCAGAGGGGGACGUCGAGCUCGGCAGCAAGCCCAUCUACGCGCGCUACCUGACGCUCCUGAGCUACCAUGUCUUCCUGCAGGAGGGCGUCGACUGUGCCGUGUACGAGACGGGCGUCGGCGGCGAGUACGAUGCCACCAAUGUCGUGGACCGGCCCGUCGCGACGGGCAUCGCGACGCUGGGCAUCGACCAUGUCUUUGUUCUGGGCGACACGGUGGAGAAGAUUGCGUGGCACAAGGCCGGAAUCAUGAAGGCAGGCAGUCCCGCGUUUGCGGUGCAGCAGGUUCCUGGUGCGGAGCAGGUAUUGAAGGACCGGGCGGUGGAGAAGGGUGUUGAUUUGAAGAUUGUUGGCGUUGAUCCGCGGCUCAAGGGGGUCAAUAUUCGACCGGAUGCGCUGUUUCAGAAAAGGAAUGCGUCGCUGGCUAUUGCGCUGGCGGAAGCAGCAGUCAAGAAGCUUGAUCCUAACUUUGAGCCUGAUCCGUCUACUUUAUCGGAAGAGUUCGUUGAUGGACUAGAAACUGUAGUAUGGCGAGGACGAUGUGAAGUGAAGGUCGAGGGGAAGAUAGUGUGGCAUGCUGACGGCGCUCACACGACGGAUAGCUUGAAGAUGGCUGGCCGGUGGUUUGCUGAUGAGAGCUCCAAGAGAUCUGGGCCGAGAGUCCUCAUCUUCAACCAACAGGGCCGUACAGAGGCCAUCGACUUUUUAGAUGGCUUACAUACUGCAGCGAAGAGGGAAGAUGGAUCAGCCUUUGACCAUGUGGUGUUCUGCACGAACGUCACAUAUGCGCAGUCUGGCUAUAAAAGAGACUUCGUCAAUUAUCAAUAUGAUCCUGAGGCCAUCAAGCGUCUAACCGUGCAACGGGCGUUCGCAGAGAAGUGGUCAACUCUGGAUCCCAAGGCUGUUAUCACAGUCCUGCCAAGCAUUGAAGAGGCCAUCAAUUAUGCUCGAAGUCUCGAGAAGGGCCUAAAGGAGGACGAAACAAUUCAGGCUUUUAUUACAGGCAGUUUGCACCUCGUGGGAGGUGCACUGGGUAUCUUGGAGGGAGCAGAUGCCCUGUGA